UACACCGUUAAGAUAUUUUCUUUUCUUUUUCAUCAAACCAAUCGCUGACGAGUGUUUCGUAACCGAAAGUAUCUUCACGCGCUCCUUUGGGGCGUAGGAUAUGAAGUGGCUAUUUCCUCCAUAACCAAUAGAGGGUGCUAACCGCAUCCGUUCGUCACCGUUCACUCCCAUAAAUCCAAUCAACCUCGCUUUGCCGGCGACGGAAUUCUCUAUUCUAUAACUUCCCGUCGAAUCUCCAUCUUUCAGUGUGCCGAUUGAUGACAACUUGUCUGGUUUGGGCAUCAAGAACAAAACUUGACCUCUGUAGUAUUUUGCUGGAAAAUAAUGGAAGCUCGUCCUGCUUUCUCAAUUGAAAGAUCAAGUGCCCAACAGCUGAAUAACAUAGGAAUGUCUGGAGCUCUUCCUUCAUCGAUGUCUAUCCAUCCAACACCUCUAGACGAGACAUACCCCAGAUUAUCUGAUUCGCAGCUGGCUUUUGUGGAAAAAGAUCUUAAGACAAGAACUUUUAAUCAUUCAGGUCAUAUAAGUUCCAGUGGAGCAGUUGGGCAUAUGUUUUCAUCUUCCCCCGGAUAUUCAACAGACCUUCAUCACUCGUCCCUCUCGCCUCAUGAAAAAUCCUCUAGAAAUGCUCAUUUUAUUGCACAGCCAUUGAGUAGCGUGGCUCCAAUGCCAUUACCGUAUUCUUCAAAUAAUGGACCAGUACCUUCUACCACAUCAACACCUUAUUCCAAUGGAAACAGUGCUUCAUGGCAUGCAGAUUCCCUGCCUAGCUUUCUUGAUUUCUCAGUGAAUGCCUCAAUUAAUAAUAAUCCAUUAGAGAGCAGUGACUGCAAUAUUAUGGCUACUGAGGAGUUUUCUAAGCGAAAUGAUUGGCAGGAGUGGGCUGACCAGCUAAUCAGUGACGACGAUACUUUGACUUCUAAUUGGAAUGAUAUUCUUGCUGACAAUAUUCAAGAUCUUGAGCCAAAGGCGGUGGAUCCCAUUUCAAAGUCAUCUUCACAAUUUUCGGCAGGACACCAAUCCCAAGGCCAUCAACAACUUCCAGCUCUAUCUGGAGAAAACCAUGUUGGUGUUGCUCCAUCGUCCUCAACAAAUUCUGCAUCUGCCAAGCCACGGAUGCGUUGGACUCCUGAACUUCACGAGGCAUUUGUGGAGGCUGUCAGCCAACUUGGUGGAAGUGAAAGAGCUACCCCUAAGGGUGUGCUGAAGCUCAUGAAAGUUGAAGGACUAACUAUAUAUCAUGUUAAAAGCCACUUACAAAAAUACAGGACAGCUAGAUAUAGACCAGAAUCAUCUGAAGGAGCUGGAGAGAAAAACUUAAGCCCCAUUGAAGAUAUUUCAUCUCUAGAUUUGAAAACUGGUAUUGAGAUCACAGAAGCUCUACGACUGCAAAUGGAGGUUCAGAAACGGUUGCAUGAACAGCUUGAGAUUCAAAGAAAUCUACAGCUGCGAAUAGAAGAGCAAGGCAGGUACCUCCAGAUGAUGUUCGAGAAACAAUGCAAAUCUGGUGUUGAACCUUUUAAGGCAUCAUCGUCGGCCAUUGAGAAUCCAUCUGGAGUGUCUUCUGACACCAUAAAAGAUCCUUUUACCAAAAAUGAUUUGGAAGCAUCUAAAACCGACCAAUGCAGGUCAGGAUCUGAUCAAGCUAAUGGUAGUACCACAGUUGAGGAUAGCUCUCCGGAAGCAGGUCGGAAGCAGGAUACCUCUAAAGCCCAAGUUUCUGAAGAUCUUAAGCAAAAUGAUAAUGAAGACAGCCCUCAAGCCCCUAAGCGGCCAAGGACAGAUGAGUAAACCUUAUGAUCCGCCGAAUCAGCAUUGAACUGACAAGACAAUACUGAUUCAUUUGAGAUAUAAUUUUAGAAUGGAAGACUUGAUUGAUUAAUGCCUAGAGCUCUAUAACUUAACGUGUUCCUCAUGUCCUGUUGUGUUCAAUGAGGACUUGUAUGUUUACCUUUCAUUUAGUUAAGUCAGUUUUGACCAUGACAUUCUUCAACACCCUAUCUUAUUUGGCAUCCUGGUUAGGAUGGGAUUCUAUUGUACAGUGCAGAUAAUGGCUACAUCUCAUCUUAUCAGGACAGUAUCUUAUCAACUUCCUACAACCCAAAUUUCAAUGUUGGCAUGUACUACAUUUAUGUGAACUGUUAGUUUUAACUGUACCAAUUAUUAAAAAAAAAGGUACAAUUCUAGAUUGCAAGUUAGUUUUUCUCACCAAUGAUGGUGUGAAAGGCAUAUAUGAAGGUUAGUAGUUAGUACCUCUA